CAAAGCAUAUUUACUUUCCAGUGUGUAAAACACAAAAUAUCGAUAGUCAGCUGCAAUGGUCUGGCAGCGCUAUUCAUAUGGCAGCACUCUGAAAUCAAAACUAACGGCGCCAAUGACAGAAGCGACGCUUGUCUUUGAUGUUCAACAAAUUAGUGUUUACACGAAAUACAUUUGCAAAACGCAUAAAUUUUAUUCAUUAUGGAAUCUCGUCUACCAAAACCCUCGACAAUAAAAAAGCCAACGCCAGCAAUCAAACCAAUACUUCCCUCAGAUCGCAUUAAGGGACCUGGAACCUCCAAUGCAAAUUUGACUCAGCCGCCGUUGUCGAGAGAUAUAGGCAAUAUACAAAAUAUAUUACCGCGGAAUGGAGUUGGGGCUGCAGCGAGAGCGCGUGCAGCUUCACCGGAGCCAUCAAAGCCUCUUGCUUUUCUCAAUCGCCACAAGCUGCGUCGCAGUCGCUCUGCCUGCGAUAUUAAUGAGAUGCGCCAGACUAUGAAACGCGGCGCCCCUACUUUACCCACCAUACCAUCCAAAUUGACCAGGCUUGGUAAUAAUACAACAAACUCAAGCGCAGCAACCGGACGCGCCGCUUCACGUCCUCUUGCUACAGCUGUAAAACGUACAGUCGCAGGCGGUCCAACAGUAGCAUCAAGUUCAAACACAACGGCAUCACGUCCCUUGGCCAGAGUAGCUGCAACGGGUGUUAAUAAAGCAAAGCCAGGAGCAGCUAGCGGACCUCCAGCAAAGCGAAUUGCACCAUACGAUUUUAAAGCGCGCUUUCAUGAUUUACUAGAGAAGCACAAGUCGCUGAAAACCAAGUAUGAAAAACAAAUAGAGGACAUGGGUGAGCUAGAAUCGAUGCCAGCGCAGCUAGAAGAAACCCAAAACAAGCUUAUCGAAACUGAAAGGAAGCUAUCAAAUGUGGAAACCGAUCGGGAAUGUCUGAAGCGUCAGGUGAAUCAGCAAAUCAGCAAAAUUGAGGCAAUUACCACUAGUCUAGGAAUAACAAAAGACGAGCUCAGUAAACUACAGACCGUACAUAAGGAAGUUGAGACACAGCACGCUGCGCUGUCCGUCGAGGUGCAAGAGCUACGCGAACGCAAUGAGCAGCUGAUGAUCAGCAACGAGCAGUUGAACAAUGAUCUAACCACCUGUCGCGAACAGCUCUUCCAGUCGAACAUGGAGCGCAAGGAGCUUCACAAUACGGUUAUGGACUUGCGUGGCAAUAUACGUGUCUUUUGUCGUGUGCGCCCACCACUGGACACAGAGAUGGGACGUAUGUGUUGCAGCUGGAGCUAUCAUGACGAGGCUACAGUGGAGCUGCAAAGUCUGGAUGCACAGUCACGCAACAAAGGCAGCGGUCAGCAGAUCUUCAGCUUCGAUCAGGUGUUUCACCCGCAAUGCACCCAGACGGACAUAUUUGAAAUGGUCGCGCCGCUUAUACAAUCUGCUUUAGAUGGGUACAAUAUAUGCAUCUUUGCCUAUGGACAGACAGGUAGUGGCAAGACUUAUACAAUGGAUGGCGUGCCGGAUAAUUCAGGAGUCAUACCACGUACUGUGGACUUGCUUUUCGAUUCAAUUAAAAACUAUCGCAAUUUGGGCUGGGAAUAUGUAAUUAAGGCCACAUUUCUGGAAAUUUACAAUGAAGUGCUCUACGAUCUGUUAAGCAACGAGCAAAAAGAUAUGGAAAUACGCAUGGCGAAGAAUGCCGGAAAAAAUGAUAUCUAUGUAUCCAAUAUAACCGAGGAAACUGUCACAGAUCCUAAUCAUUUGCGUCAGCUUAUGCAGGCAGCCAAAAUGAAUCGUGCUACAGCUUCCACAGUAGGUAAUGAGCGCUCGUCGCGUUCGCAUGCAGUUACCAAGCUGGAGCUUAUUGGCACACAUGCUGGCAAACAGGAGAUGUCAGUGGGCUCUAUUAAUUUGGUGGACUUAGCCGGUUCGGAGUCCCCAAAGACCAGCAUACGCAUGACCGAAACUAAGAAUAUUAAUCGCUCGCUAUCUGAGCUGACAAAUGUUAUAUUGGCGCUGUUGCAGAAACAAGAUCACAUACCCUAUCGCAACUCCAAACUAACACAUCUACUAAUGCCCGCGCUGGGUGGUAAUUCAAAAACAUUGAUGUUCAUUAAUGUGUCGCCAUUUCAGGACUGCUUCCAAGAGUCAGUCAAGUCUCUGCGCUUUGCAGCCUCCGUCAACUCGUGCAAAAUGGCCAAAGCCAAACGAAAUCGUUAUCUAAACAGCUCCAGCGCCAGCAACAACAGCAGCUGCGAAAAGUAAACAGAUAUAACAAUUUUU